GCAUAUUCGUCAAUUCAUUCAUUGAACCCUGAAAGCACCUAUAAACACUAGCUACACUUGAAGGCCCAUUCCUCAACUCCACGGCGUAGAUCCGAGGAGUUUGGAAAACCCUAGAAUUUCUUCAAUCUCUCUCUGCUCUCUCCUCUCUCUCAAAACAUCUCGCUACUCUCUCUCCUCCUUCACAAUCAGUUAUGGCAGGAUUAGCACCGGAAGGGUCUCAGUUUGAUACUAAUCAGUAUGACUCCAAAAUGAGCGAUUUGCUUUCAUCUGAUGGGCAAGAUUUCUUUACCUCCUAUGACGAAGUUUAUGAUAGUUUUGAUGGCAUGGGUUUGCAAGAGAACCUGUUGAGGGGAAUUUAUGCAUAUGGUUUUGAAAAGCCAUCUGCUAUUCAACAAAGGGGAAUUGUUCCUUUUUGCAAAGGUCUUGAUGUUAUUCAACAGGCUCAGUCUGGAACUGGGAAGACUGCAACAUUUUGCUCUGGUAUACUGCAACAGCUCGAUUAUAAUGUUGUGGAGUGCCAGGCCCUAGUAUUGGCACCGACUCGAGAGUUGGCACAGCAAAUCGAGAAGGUUAUGCGUGCACUUGGUGACUACCUUGGUGUGAAGGUGCAUGCUUGUGUAGGUGGAACCAGUGUUCGAGAGGACCAACGCAUUCUGUCUGCUGGAGUUCAUGUUGUUGUCGGCACCCCUGGGCGUGUUUUUGACAUGCUCCGAAGGCAGUCUCUUCGUUCUGACUAUAUCAAGAUGUUCGUAUUGGAUGAGGCUGAUGAAAUGCUGUCUCGAGGUUUUAAGGAUCAGAUCUAUGAUAUAUUCCAGCUCCUUCCUCCCAAGGUCCAGGUUGGGGUCUUCUCGGCUACAAUGCCUCCUGAGGCCCUUGAAAUUACAAGGAAGUUCAUGAACAAGCCAGUGAGGAUUCUUGUCAAGCGUGAUGAGCUAACUCUCGAAGGUAUUAAACAGUUCUAUGUCAAUGUUGACAAGGAAGAAUGGAAGCUGGAGACACUUUGUGAUCUUUAUGAAACUUUAGCUAUCACUCAGAGUGUCAUCUUUGUGAACACUAGACGGAAGGUUGACUGGUUAACUGACAAGAUGCGAAGCCGUGAUCACACUGUCUCAGCUACACAUGGAGACAUGGAUCAGAACACACGAGACAUAAUCAUGCGUGAGUUCCGGUCUGGGUCAUCCCGUGUUCUUAUCACCACUGAUCUUUUGGCUCGUGGUAUUGAUGUCCAGCAGGUCUCUCUUGUGAUCAAUUAUGAUCUUCCAACCCAGCCUGAGAACUAUCUUCAUCGUAUCGGACGUAGUGGACGAUUUGGAAGGAAGGGUGUGGCCAUAAACUUUGUUACGACUGAUGACCAGAGGAUGCUGUUUGACAUCCAGAAGUUCUACAAUGUGAUUGUCGAGGAGCUGCCAUCAAAUGUUGCUGACCUCCUGUAAGAGAAUUUUACUUCCUGUUAGUGAGAAAAGGUGUCAGGUUUUUACUUCCGGAGAACUAUCUAUUGAGUAGAUUAAAUGUUUACGCUUAGAGAUAUGUAUGAGUUUUACUUUAAAAGUUAGCUGCAGGGUGACUUUGGUAGUUUCUAUGAACUGUUUGCAGCAAAGAAUCUGUUGCAAUUUUUUUGCAACUAACGUUUGUAUUUUAAUGUCUUCUCAACAACAUAAUCUAUUGUGGUUUUAAUUAUCUUUUAUUUUCUA